CUCAUGUGAUAUCUCUUCAAGGUGAUUCAAACAUCUAAAUUAAAAGUAGUAAAAUAAAUUUAAAUCACUGCAUUUUUCGGAAACAAGGAAGUGAGAUCCCACAUUUUUUAUUAGGAUGGCCGGAUAUUACAACAAAUAUGUGUGGUAUAAGAGAUGAGUUCACAGGCCGAGAUGCAGGAAAAAACAAUGGGUUCAGCUUCCAACAGUCUAGGUGAUACAAUCACAUCAACAACAUCAUUCACCAGAACAACGGUUCCAAAAAUGAGAUCUCAGCUCUCAGCAUCCGGGUUAUCAAAAAUCGAAAGACAUAUCCACCAAUCAGAUAUCGUUUUAGAAAAUCCAUCAAAAUAUGUAGUUGUGACAAAAUGGGUAGCAACGAUUAUUUUUGGAGUGCUUUUAUUAGUCUGCUUGGUAUCGAGUAAACUUUCUGCUAUUGGAAUAGCAACUAAAUUAAGCGAAACCGGAAAUUGCUUCACUGACCAAAAAGGCGACAAUUCAAAAGAUUGUUCGACGAGUUUCAUAUUGCUGUUGUUAUUGUUAGUCAUACCAAAUGUUCUUACUUGUUUACGUUUUACGUGGAAUAGUCUUUAUAGAAAAGAUAGAAAAUGGCCAUCAAAACUAAAAAUAUUUUAUUGCGUUUGCCUUAGUCUCAUCGAAUCGUUUGGUAUGUGUUUGUUUGCGUUUAAAGUCUUGAAAAUUAGCAAAUCCGCAACCGUAGUUCUAUUAAUGGAUGGAGUUUAUAUUGGUCAUUCAAUCGUGACUGGAUUUAUAAAUAAUAGGAGCAGAAACAGGCAGUCUAAUCCAAUCAAAUUUGCUGUUUCCACAAUUAUGAUCGUAGCUGGUUGUGGUUUAACUAUUUUUGUUAUAGCAGACAAAAAACUCGUGGAAACGAAGGAUUUAUGGCAUAUAUUUGUUUCCAUACUUUGUUUAUCGACCGCGUGGCUUCCAUGGGUACGGAAGAAAAUUGUUUCCGUUGAUCAGCCAAUCGCUGCCUUCCACACGGAAAGAGCAUACCAGGCGACAGAAAGCAGAAGUAGUGACGAGCAAAGCCAGGGAUCGUCAAUGUAUGGCGGUAGCAGUUUAACAAGUAGCCAACAGACAGAUGACGGUAUAAUCGAAUCCAAAGAAAAAUAUACACAUAAAUUAAUGAUUAUUUCAUCCGGAACUAAAACAAUUUCAACGUUCCUUUUUGCUUUUUUAAUUCAAAGUAUGUUUGAUGGCUGGUCGGUUAAGGAAUGGUCGGAAGGCUGGGACCUACGGCUCGGCGAUCUCGAAACUACAAAUGGCCGCCAAACUUAUUUUUUCAUGAUUAAUAUUAUUACUAGUAUUUUAGGCUAUGCCGUAGGUUUGUACGUUUUACGAACACAGAUGGGUAAGGGAGGGUUUGCUGUGCCCCUCCUACUCUCAACACCUGUUACCUUUGGUAUGCUGUAUGUUAAUGACUUGUGUUCUGGACUUUAUUUUGGGAAAACUGAUAUUGAAUACAGCAACAAUAUUUGCCAUAACGGAACAGAAAAUCUGGAAUUCUUGUUACCAGCCUUGUUGCUAGUCUGUAUUGGUCAAUGUCUGUCUACUGGUUACUAUGUUUACAAGAGCUCAACCAUUGUACUGCAGAAAGAAGUCAAGUUAUUUUGGAUGCCGAUGUACAACAGUUUCCUACCAGAUCAGUGGAUGUUGUUGGACAGACGGACACAACUUAUGGACGACACACAAGAACAACAAGAAGAACAAAUAAAAAAGACCAAAGUUUAUAUUUGUACCACUAUGUACCGCGAGACUAGAGAUGAAAUGAAACAGCUUCUUGAAUCUAUUUCUCUGAUCAAUGCUGCAAAACAAUAUGGCACGCGCCAUUUUGAAUCACAUAUCAUAUUUGACGGUGGGAUAAAAGGGAACGUGAUAGGAGAUAAAGCACUGCAACUGUUAAGUUUGGUUCCGGAAGUUCUGAAAACUGGUGAUGUUGAUACCUGUACGAAAGCUGACUUCCCUUAUGGACUUCGUCUGAGUUGGAGGCUACCUGCAUCAAAAGGGGAGGGGUGUGGUCAACCUAUGACAUUUGUUAUUCACUUGAAGGAUAAUAGAAAGGUAAAGAAUAAGAAACGAUGGAGUCAAAUAAUGUAUAUGUCAUACAUCUUGGAUUUCCUUGUCAAAGAAGACGCAAACGUUGAUGAUGAAACAGCUUUCAUUCUAACAACUGACGCAGACGUCAAAUUUACACCAGACUCAGUAGAAGCUCUACUUGACUUAAUGACACGUGAUACAUCUGUAGGUGCUGUCUGCGCACGCACACAUCCGCUAGGUGAAGGGCCACUUUAUUGGUAUCAACAGUUUGAAUAUGCUAUUGGACAUUGGUUUCAAAAGGCUGCAGAACAUGUGUUAGGAUCAGUGUUGUGUGCUCCUGGAUGUUUCAGUGUUUACAGAGUCAGGGCUUUACGUGACAUCAUACCUACUUACGCCUCUAAUGUGGAGAAAGGAUUGGAGUUUCUCACCAAAGACAUGGGAGAAGAUCGUUGGCUAUGUACACUUAUGGUGCAAAGUGGUUGGAGAAUAGACUAUUGUGCUGCUUCGUGUAACUAUACGAAUUGUCCCACGGAGUUUGACGAGUUCUACACACAAAGGCGACGAUGGAUAGGUUCCACGAUAGCCAACCUGUACCUCUUAUUAAAAGAGGCUAAGAUUGUAAGAAAGUUAAAUCAGGGAAUAUCAAUCUGGUUCUUAGUUUAUCAGGCAGCAUUACUGGUAUCCACCGUUUUAGGACCAAGCACUGUUAUGCUUAUCAUAUCAGGAGGAUUAGCCUAUGCCUGGGGAUUAGAAGUUAUAACAACAGUCAUCGUACAAUUUAUUCUGGUUGUUUUGUACGGAAUAAUCUGUAUAAAGACUUCUCAGAAGACACAGUUACUUACUGCGAAAAUUUUGACCUUCGCCUACGCCUUGGUGAUGAUGGCUGUGGUUGUUGGUACUGCGGAACAGAUUGUAGAAAAUCUAGCAAAUAUAAACAACAAACCGUACCAGGACGGAAACGAUACCGUUAAUCCAACAUUCAGCCCUGAUGCCAUUAGUAAGGAUUUUCCAAUUUCCAUAACAACAGUAUAUUUUGGUUGUCUCGUGGGCCUCUUUUUCGUGACUGGAAUAUGUCAUUUAGAUGAGUUCACCUGUCUGUUCCAAGGACUCUGGUUCCUUUUGUGUUUACCAUCCGGGUACAUCAUGUUGAUUAUUUAUAGUGUUGUAAACAUAACCGAUAGAUCUUGGGGGACACGUGAAGAAAAACAGGAGAAUACUAUGAAGAAGGCCAGUUCAUGGUAUGAAUAUCUCGGCGCUAUUCUUAGACAGAUAUUUUUCUGCUGUGACAAACGGCAUGACCAACAUGACAGCAAGCCACCAACGAGUAUUGAAACCUCAGACAUACCAUACGUAGGCCGGAAACGGGUAUCUUCGGAGGCAAGUGAUAUAGAGGGAAGUUUUACAAGAUCCUGGCAAGGAAGACCAAGUGGAACCAUUUAUGAGCAUCAGGAAAGCAGAGAAGACCUUCUAAAUCAAGAUGACCCAUAUACAUAUGGAGAUGAAGAUGAAAUCAUUAAAGUUGAAGACUGGUUCCAACAAAUAGAUCCGGGCUUAAAGACUGAAUAUGUAGCAUUAUUCAAGAAACAUGGUUACGAUGAUACCAGCUUCAUAGCAAGUAUGACUGAAACAGAUUUAAAAAGAAUAGGAAUUAAAAAGAAAACACAGAGAACUAUGUUAGAAAAUAGAAUUAAAGAUCUUCCAGACUUUCUAAUAGAGGCUGCAGUUCCAGACAACGUAGAUACCUGGUUAAAAGACAUUGGUCUACAUCAGUAUAAAUCAGCUUUUACAAAAUGUCACAUAAAGAAAACAAAAGAUCUGGAACAGUUAAAGACGUUUGAAAAGAAAGAUAUUGAGAAUGAACUUGGAAUUACAAAAGCAGCCCACGUGAGACGUUUACAAGAGGCAAUAAAAUACUUGAGGACGCCAACAAAAGAGGAACUCUUGCAUGCUGAGAUAAAACAAAGAUUGGACAACGCUAUUAAACAUGACAUACAGAAAAUAAACUCAACAGAGUAUGAAUUCUGGAAACUACUGACAGACACGCAUCUUAAACCAACAUCGGAAGCUUUUAGUUUACUUGGACAAUUAAAAAUAAAACUAGAAGAACUAAGAAACACUUGGUUGAUGAUUUUGUUAGCGGUUAACUCCCUUUGGCUGGUGUUGAUUUCAACACUUGCCUCAAAAAUAAAUUUAUUAGUUCUUGGAAGUAAUCCAGUCGGUCUUGUGUUUCUUCUUAUAUUCGGCAUUCUUCUUUUAGUGCAAUUUUUCUGCAUGCUAUUUCAUCGUCUUUCUACGCUUGCGCAUUUCCUUGCUCGAGCUCCUUAUAGAUUUGGGCAUGGGUACCGGUCAAGCUGGUCAUACAAGAAUGACGAGGAUAUCGCAGCAGUAGCAGCGGCUAAAAGAGCAGAAAAAGAAUGCCGACAGCGGGAACGUAAUCGUGUCAGAAGCAGACAGAGAGUAACACGUAAUCCGGAAGACGAAAGGUCGCCAUUAAUAAAGUUUGAAGCUGUAUAGAUUUUAUUGUUACCUUGACAACAGGCGUUUUCUAAAACAGCUUUAUUUCAAUGUUGGCAUGAACUAAAUGAUAUUUUGUUUGUAAAUGUUUUAUUUAAAUAAAAUGUGUAACUUUAUAAAACUAAGGUUUCAAAUUCAGCGGGCAAAAUUAUCCUUUAUUAUUAGAAUGUCCCAGUUCAACCCUUGUAUCACUUGUCGUUUGCACGAAAUUCAUUUGGUUUUAAGUUCCCGUAUUAAUCAUGCAUUGAAAAACUUUAAAAUACAAUGAAUGUCAUUUAUGUCAUGGUUGUGGAGGUAACCUCACUUGUGAUUUUAAAUGUUAGAAAAAUAAAACGUCUGUGUUACUUCGAAGCUUUAAAUAUUUAUAUUUAUGGUUGAUACAAAUGUUUUGAGCGGUUUCCAAGAGUAACGUCUCCGACCUUUGUCCUUCAAUUAGUUUCUCAAAUUCAUGAAUGAAAUUAAGAUUUUCAUAAAUUUUAACAUGAUAAUAUUUAAGACUUUGAAAUAUACCAAAUAAUGAAAUAUGAUUACCUUAAAGCUAGAUGCUCUCAUUUAUCAUUGAUUUUAGUUGAAAUAUAAUGCAUGUUAUCGCUAUUUUAUGAAAUUUGCCUUUGAUCAAACUGACUAAUAAUUUAAUUUCUCAGCAUAUUACAGUGAUAUGAAAAAUUAUCGCUAAAAACUAAUGGAGCAUGUGCUGUCUAUGAAAGUAACAAUGUUGUCAUGGGUAAACUAGCGAUGACCAGAUUACAUAUAUCAUUGCUCAACACAAUUCGAUUAAUAUUCUCAUUUUCGUCGUACCGGCUUGAGCGAGAAAACCAAUCUCGUCGAGAUGACCAA